AUGGCUGUGAGAAACAGCCUUAUCCAAAUCCUCCCUCUGUUUGCAGACUAUAUAGAGGCUCAGGCCCCCAGUCUGGAAGAGGAGGAGGAGGAGGAGGAGGAGGAAGAGGAAGAAGAGGAGGCGAGGAGGGAGAGGGAGAGGAGGAGAGCGGCGGAGGCAGCGGAGAGGGAGAGGAAGAUUGCAGCGUUUCGGAAUAUGGGUGCUGGGCGGAUUGCUGCUGGCACAGCGUGGCUGUCGCUCAGAGAGAUGGCCGUGAUAUCAGUGCGCAGGGCGCUGGAGCACUUUUAUCUUGCUCGAACCGUGUCUUCCCGCUGGCUGUGGAAGCUGACCAAGGAUCCCACCCAGUCAGCCAUUCGCAAGGUGGGCAGGGGUCUCACAGGCUCCCCUCUAAUCAAAUCCGUUACAAUCACCAACGUCAGAGCACACUUCCUGAGCCCACUAUCCAGUGUAGCAGUGCAGCUUAUAACGGAUACCUUCACCGCCUUCCACCGCCUACUCUUCCCACCACCACCACCACAAGCGGGUCAGGGGCUCGCUAUAAGCCCUGUGAGGGCCACAGGAGUGCAGAUCGUGUGGCUAGUAAAGCGAACGCUGAGCUAUUCUCUCAAGCUCGUGUUCUCUACCGCCUCUGGAGCGCUGCUGUCGGCCGUGUGUGUGCGAUACGUGGGGCCGUGGACCACAAGCUAUGCCUACAUCCUGGGAGACAUGCUUGUCUACCAGACUGCCUCGACUCUCAUCGACCCUCUGCUCUUUUCUGCCACCACUUAG